ACGAUCAAGUUGGAAAAACAUUUGUUCGUGACCGCAUUAAAUGAAUUCAGCAUACGGUCAUCUCUAAUCGUACUCCGAAUUAGGUAUUGCGACCAGACACCAAACAAUAACAAACUCCGACAGACAAAACCCACUUUUAUUUGAGAUUCGAUGUCAAUAUAUUUGCAUUGCUUGACAACAAAUGGCGGCUUACCCAUAUUCACCAGAAAAAAAGGCGAAUGCGAUAAUCUGCCUUUCUCGACGGUGGCCUCGUUAAAUGGUUUUCACAUGUUCUUCAAAUCGCUGGGAAUUCAAUUGCAAACGACACAUACAGAAGAAUGGACCUACAUUUGGCGCGACUUUCACAAUGCAAUCACCUUCAUUGUGUGUGGCCGUGGCAUGGGUGAACUUCAGCUGCAAAAUCUAGCGGAACUUGCCUUUGGGGGAAUUGCACUCUUCAUAAGUCGCGAUGAGUUGGCACACCCCGCUCUUCUCGAGCGUCUGAAGAAGGAUGCCAAGAAGUAUGUACCAGUUGUGGAUGCCGCACUGGAAGCAUCCAGUGCUGGCACAACACUUUUGGGCUACACCGACUGUCUGUUGGCAACGGAAAAUGUGCAUUUGUUGAAUCGAUUGAAUGAGUUUAGUGCCAAUUGCGGUUCACUGUUCUGUUGCCUCGUUGUGGGACAGCGUAUUGCUGUCGCCACGGAGGGCUGGUGGGAUUUGGAUACGCUGGACAGAGAGCUUUUGCUGUUCCUGUUGAACUCGUCGAGUAUGCUACAGCUGGAUGUGCCCGUUUACCUACCCGGCAAGAGUCCAAAUAUUGCCUUUCGCUUCGUCACCGUUCCCGUAGCGGCCAACAGUGUGCUGUGCGUUCUGUGUGGCGCUGAGCCCGCCUUUCGGGAGCUGCACCUCAAUGCUAUGAAUUCCUAUCGCAACGAGGGCAAUGUAUUAUCCAGCGUUGAACGCUGCGUUCCCCGAAGUUUGCCUGAGCAGCUGGAAAUUGAUGCGCAUAUAUUGGCGAUAAUCUUGAUCAAUACGCAGACGCGUAAAUCUGUUUUCACACGCAAUCUCCAGCAAUCGUCGAGUGCUAAGCGCAUAGUCGUGGGUGAUCUGCAACGUCUGGACAUGCUCAAGAAAUUUUUUGAUCACACGUUGGAGACGAUGCAUGCGUUGAAAGUGGCUAACGGUGACAACAGCGAGUCGGACACUCCAACAAAUUCGUCAACAAUGUUAGAUCAGUACAGCUGCUCGGAUUAUCACAAAUGUUAUGCGCAUGCGGAUGAUCAGAAUAAUGUUAUCUUUCUGCUCUUUGUGGCCGCAGUGCCGACACAUGCCAUGAGAUUUCUUGCGAAACAAGUCCACGCUAGCCUCUUGCAAGAGAAGGCCGUCUGCUGGUAACCAACCAUCCAUCGAUUCUAUCGCCGAUCCCUUAAGACUGAAUUUUGCAAUCCUUUGCAAUGCAAUUUAUUAAAUAUUCGAAUUUGAGUAGUUCUCGCAUCUUAUGUGUUCAAAAGUAUUAACAACAAGAAAGUAGGAAAGCUCUAUUUAGAGUACAUAUCUUUUAUACAAUCUAAAUUUAUAAGUACAGAUUACAUUCCAGUGAAGAAUUCAAACUAGAGCAUACUUUUCCUAUUAGAUUAAUGUGCAAUUAAAUAGGUGCUGGUACUUAAAUAAAAAUAAGUUUACA